AUGGACACAAUAUUGGUGUUUAGUUUACUGUUUAUAUACCACAGCCUCAGCCCAAAAGACCUCAGAGAUUAUGACUGUCAUGUGGAAAAUUCUUCAGAAGUACUGUCUGAAAGCACAAGAAGCAUGAGCAUCUUACUGCAAGAGUCUGAAAAGACAGUGGCAAAAGGGGAGCUAAGGAGAAACCAUACAGUCGCCACUUUGCAAUGCUCUGGUCUGCACAGCUCCAUACAAGUAAAUCUUCUUUACUCAGAGAAGAUGUAUAGUGUUUUCACAACCAAGCCAAAUGUUAAAUACACCCUCCAAAGCCUGAAAGUCAUCACUGAUCCAGAUGAGAGUGUUUCUACUGCCCACAGCUGUCUCUUAUUAACAGAUCAUAAACAAAGUUUUCAGACUGAAUUUAACCUUACAGGCAAAGUGUUUCUGGUGGGGAUAGCAAAUUGCAUGAUUAAUGCAAAGCUGUCUGAGCCUGACAUUUUUGCAGAGCAAGUGCAUUCCACAGCGAUACACCAACAGAACAGCAGCUCAGGCAUAGGUGAAGGCAUGCUGCUCAGACUAACACAAAGACAAAGCAUCUACGUCAAAGCAGUAAUCAUCUGUGUCCUGUUACCCUGUGUACUAGCCUUCAUUGUGUUUGUUAUAUUUGAAGUUCCCUUCCCGAGUGUCCAUGCCCUGGUUGGAGCCAGCAAUGCAACUGUAUUCAGAAAUGUAAAAGACAAGAAGAACGCACAGAAAACCCAAAUUCUGUAUCAUCCGAAGGAUCUGUCACGGAACUACGGUGCUGCCAAAAUCCAGAGAUGGACCUUGGAGCAUCCAGAUGGCUUUCAUGCAUUUGUUUCUAAAUACAGGCUAAAGAGUGUCUUGUUUUUACAAACAGAAAAAAGCAAAACAAACAAAUCUUCAGCACAAUGA